AAAGGUUAUUUAGGGGAGGGAGUGACCGUGUUACACAACUGAAUUACAGCAUUAGGAGAAACUAGAGACGUCCUCUACCUGAUCGACGGGCUAUACAGCAUUACAACCCAACAGGUGAUGUCCCCUACCUGAUCCACAGGCUAUACAGCAUUACAGCCGCUGAUGGUUGGAGUAGAGAUGUAUCAAUAGAACAACCAGAAGCCUCGUUUCCCAAUUGAAGAGUAACAGCCGGGACUUGAACCAGCAACCUAUCAGAUACAGGACCAGGCGACCAGCCAACUCAGUAGUUUCUGUGCCAUAAAGGUCGGGACCUCUUGGCUGCUGUAGCGAUGCCGGGAGCGACGCGUGCCACCAUGGACGGGACCUGCCAGGCUCUGUGCCGAACCCUGGUCUCUCAGAACGGGAUCCAGAGAGACACGGCCGACAUCUCCAAGUCUGUCCUCUACACUUCACUGAUGGGGCUGCUACUGGUGGCAGACAGAGAGAAAGAAAAGCUCAAGGUUGGGAGUGGAAGAGUCGGCCUUCGUAACGUAGGAAACACGUGUUUUCUGAAUGCGGUGGUGCAGUGUCUCUCUCACACCAGAGAUCUGAGGGACUACUGUCUGGUCAAGGCCUACAGACAGGAGAUGUGCACUAGAGAGGAACCACAACUUAUGGAGGCAUUCUCCCAGGUGCUGUUGGGUCUCUGGGAUGUAAACAAAGAAAACCAUAACACAGAAGUGAAUCCUGGGAAGUUCUACAGCAUCUUCAAAGACGCCGUGCCUUACUUUAGCGGAUACAGUCAACAGGAUGCUCAAGAGUUUCUGAGGUUCUUAUUGGACAGGCUUCACUGUGAGGUCAACCGCCGGCCGUACAUCCGGCUCACCAGCCUGGAGCCUGAACCCAAAUUCACCAAAGUCAGGAUAGACGAGCAGGCGUCUGCAAUGUGGAAGAGACACCUGGAGAGGGACAACAGUAAGAUCGUAGAUCUGUUCACAGGUCAGCUGCGUAGUUCUCUCCACUGCUCUGUGUGUUCUCACUACUCCACCUGCUUCGACGUCUUCUGUGACCUGUCUCUGCCCAUCCCUAAGAGGAGUGCAGCAGGGGGCGGGUCUCUGAGGGAGUGUCUGGAUCUGUUCACACAGGAAGAGAAGCUGGAUGAAGAUAACGCACCCAUGUGUGAGCGGUGCAACAGACGGACAGAGAGCACCAAGAGACUGACCAUCCAGAGAUUCCCACAGGUCAUCGUCAUGCAUCUGAAUCGGUUUGCCAUGUCGCGGUACAUGGUGUGUAAGAGUACAGUGUGUGUUUCCUUCCCUCUGACCAACCUGGAUAUGGGGCCCUACGGACCGGUCGGCUGUGGUCCGGUGCUGUAUGACCUGUAUGCAGUGUGUAACCACAGCGGGACAGUCAACAUGGGCCACUACACAGCCUGUUGCCUGGAGAAUGACGGAUUGGGAUGGUGUUGCUACAACGACUCCUGUGUGACUCCUAUAUCAGAGAACCAACUGCAGUCUGCUCAGGCCUACGUCCUCUUCUACCGACGCAGGAAGUGAACCUCCCCAGACAGCCAAUCGCUACAGCUGUAACUGCAAAAACAAGAGCCUUCAGCAGCCAAUCAGGAAAAACUGUUACUACAAGAAGAGCUUUCAGCAGCCAAUCACUACAGCUGUUACUACAAAUGGAAUAUUACAAACAGCUGUGAUGUAGCGGUAUUGUAACCAAGCAACCAGCAUCUCAACCAACUGGUGUUAGACUACUUGAGGUAUGAGUCUGGGACUGAGAGAGGAGGGAGGGAUUGAAAGACAGAAGGAUAGACUAGAGGGCAUUGGAAUGGGUGAGAGGAGGGAGGGGAUGACCAGUGUGGGAGUGCUGCUACCUAGCUCAGCCAGGAACACGUGUGUAGACUUCAGUUCAGACAGACGGAGAUGCUGUUAUCACUGGACACACACAACCACGACGAAAACAUAACAACAUGUUAUCAGCCAAUGUUAACUUGUGCUAUACACUAGCUUGAUAAUAACCAACAAUAAGACAGAACGCUUUAAAGAAAAGCCUGCAGAAUAUACUGUGUUAAAAAUGGUCUAGACUACAUAUGUACUGGUAUGUAGAAAGUAGCUUUUUCAUUUUAUGCUGUUAUAAAGUGAUACAUUUUUAUAAAACACAAACUUGGACUGUGCAUCAAAAGGGGGAGGAGAUGAGCGAAGGGGUGUUUGAGCAACUUAUGAAAUUAGUCAUAUUUUUCUAAAUUAACAAUUAUAUUUAAAUUAUAUUUUAUUUAAUCACUUGUUGUUUUAACUGAAUUCAUUUGAUUAAUGUGGAGUUUUGUUUUGAUAUUUAUUGUCAAGUGCAAGCCUAAAUAAAACUGGUGGGUUGGUAUGA